CCGGUCUGCAGUGGGCCUCCCAGGGCACAUGACCGCCACCCUCCCGGCCAGCGCGCAGGCGCGGGGAGAGCGCAGGCGUGUGACGUCACUGAGCGCCGGACUCCGCCCCUGGAGGCGUCGCGCACUGGCGGCGUCGUCAUGGAGCUGAGUGCGGGUGUUUCCAAACAGGACAUUCGUGAGCAGAUUUGGGACUACAUGGAAUCACAAAAUCUAGCUGACUUUCCCCGGCCUGUUCAUCACAGGAUUCCCAACUUCAAGGGUGCUCCUCGUGCUGCCGAGCAUUUCCCACGCUUGCAGGCGUUCAAAAUGGCCAGAACCAUUAAAGUCAAUCCUGAUGCUCCCCAGAAAAAUGCUCGCUUCCUCGUCCUCGACAGCAGAAAAACAUUGUUGGUUCCAACACCACGACUGAGAACGGGAUUGUUUAAUAAGAUCACACCACCCCCUGGGGCAACUAAAGACAUCUUGAGAAAAUGUGCCACCUCUCAGGGCGUGAGGAGCUUCAGCACUCCCGUGGGCUUGGACGCCAGGGUCCAGGUGGACUUGGUUGUGGUGGGGUCCGUGGCUGUUUCUGAGAAAGGCUGGAGAAUUGGGAAGGGAGAAGGUUAUGCUGAUCUAGAAUAUGCCAUGAUGGUGUCCAUGGGAGCAGUUAGCCCGGAGACGCCAGUGGUCACCAUCGUCCACGACUGCCAGGUCGUUGACAUACCUGAAGCGCUCCUUGAGGAUCACGACCUCACAGUGGACUAUAUUCUCACUCCAACGAGGGUCAUUGCCACGGGGUGUGAGCGCCCGAAGCCAGCGGGAAUCAUCUGGUCAAAGAUCAGCUGUGAGAUGAUGGAGAAAAUCCCAGUACUGAGGAGCCUUCGCAGCCGAGAGAAGCAGGCUGGGAAGGAUGUCAGCCUGCAGGAUGAGCCACGGGACCUGGACACCAGCCGCCUGCAGACGGCGCCACUGCGUGCACUCAGGGGACCCCAGGCCCUACCCCUAGCCACGCAGCGGGAAGACGUGCCUGCUGACACUGUUUACGUUGGGAACCUCCCCCGGGAUGCCCGAGUGAGCGAGCUGAAGACGGCCCUCAGAGCCCGUGGCGCGGCCCCCCUGCGGCUCAGCUGGCAGGGGCCACAGCGCAGGGCCUUCCUCCACUACCCGGACGCCGCCUCAGCCCAGCAGGCCGUCUCCUGCCUGCAGGACUUACGCCUGGGUGCCAACAGCCUGAGGGUGGCACUGGCCAGGCAGCAGAGGCCCAGUGACUUGGUGGACACCCGCCCUGGAGAACCGCACCCUAACCGUCGCCCGGCCGUCGCUGACCUAUGACAAUGCCCUGCUCCAGUCCCCGUGGAGCUUCAGCGGCCCACGGAGCAGGACACGCAGAGCUGUGGCUGCAUGAGCCUUUCCUAGGGAGUCACAGCCUUCGUUACUGCCUGGCAGUCUCCUGAUGGGUGGGGAGUGAGCAGUGACACCCUUCCCACGUGCGGGAGGCUGGGAACCCAGUGUGUGCAGGCUCUAGUUUAUCUCGGUCCUUUGGCCAGCCGGGUGGUAUAGACCUGUGGCUCUCUCCGUAGAGACAGCAGUUCGGAGGGUUCAGGGGGUUGAGUGAGCAAUAAACAAGUGGGAGUAAGUGGUGACAGCCAUUUGGGAGAGUGCGUGCUCUGGAUUUGAGGGGAGUGGGAAUUAAGAGGAACAGAGGAUCCUGACAGGAGAGGCCCUGGCAGGGACCAAGUGCAGGAGCACAGAGGGCCAAAACCAGAAAAUGCCCUCGUGUGCUUGGCUCCUUGGCUGCCACUGCUGGAGGGGGCUGUGUGCAAACUGCAGAAGCCAGGUAGUCAGUCCCCUGGGUACAAACUGCUUGUCACCACUCAGUCCUAGUGUCAGAGAUGAGAGUCGGUCCCGCAUGGAGCCUGGGUCGAACGGGUCCCACCUCCGUCCCCACCUUACCUUUCCAGCCAGCCCACCCUCUGGGUGAGCCCCCGCCGCUCUCAGCCAGCUGUCCUCACGCAGCAGGAAGCUCUGCCCCUGGGAGACACUGGCUUCCGAAGACGCAUUGUCCCGGCCUACGUCGUAGACAGAGUCUUACACACACACUCAUGCGUGCCCAGUGCCUGAUGUGUUCUGGGUUUUUCCUCCAGUCCUCGGUUCCUAAAAAACACGCUGGAUUUUGGCUGAACUGUGCUUUCUAAACAGAAGCACUUUUGCAGUUGAUCCUGGGCAAAAAGUCAAAAUAAGCAUUUAAGUGGAGAUUUUAUUUUUUUCACAUGUAUAUACAUUGGAAACUUUAACUUUUUCGCCAAGGGUCUUACUGAGCAUGUUUUAAGUGCAUUAUUUGCCUCAAGAGGGCAGGCCUUGCACGGGCUUUCAAGAAAACGUUGUCAAGGCCAUCAGUCUCCCUUUGAGACGGUGUUUUCUCAUUGGUUUCACAGUGAAAAUACUGUGGAGACUUCAGACAGAAAAUCUGUCCUAAGAUUUGCUCAUUAAACGCACUCCUUUUCUAA